ACGACCGCGUUUUGAUCUCGCAAUUCACUACACCCGGGCCGUGACCUCACCUCCACCAAGGCAGCGAAACCAUGGCGGCCAGCAACCACCUCCGCCGUCUCGCCUCCGCGUCGGCUCCCGCGCUAUCCCGCCUCUCGCAGCCCGCUCCGUCGCUGCUCCCCCGCCUCGCGUUCUCCAGCUCCGCCUCCCCCGCGGAUCAGCCGCCGCCGGCGGGCACCGCAGCAGCCGACAACGGGGAUGCCAAGAACGCCGGGAAGGAGGCGCAGGGCGGUGAUGCUAGCGCCAAGGAGGGUGCGGAGGAGGUGGAUAACAGCGGUCUGGACAUUAACGAGGCCACGGGCGAGAUCGGCGGCCCGCGCGGGCCCGAGCCCACGCGGUACGGCGACUGGGAGCGGGGCGGCCGCUGCUCCGAUUUCUGAGAAAUCGCCACUACCUGGAAGCGUAAACAGUAAACUCGCUCUUUCAAUUCGUUCCAAGGUGUAGUAAUCAUAAGGAUGGCAUGGUGGUGGUAUGUUUAUGGUACUACUGUGUGUUUAGUCUCUUGGUUGGGGGAAUAAAUCUAGUUGGUUGAGAAUUGCGAGCAUGCUUAUGAAGUUUCAGGCUACUCUAUUGAUGCAAACUAGCAUGUCACUCUUGAAGUUCUCUGUAUGAUUUAUGAUGAAUGAUAAACUGGAGCGUCCCUUGUUUAUUUC